AUGCCUGAAACACUCAUUAUCCCCAGCUCCUCCCAAGGCAGCCAGUCAAUCCUCAAGCCCACUACCACCUUCACGGGCGAUGUUUAUCUCGACAUUUUCCAUAUGGAUGACACCACUGCUAUCACCAACGUGACCUUCACUCCCUGUGCGCGUACCUAUUGGCACACUCACGAAGAAGGACAAUUUCUGAAGGUUGUCGCCGGCUCAGGUUGGAUCUGCGACAAGGGCGCCGAGCCCCGCCGUAUCAAUGUCGGAGACCUGAUCUGGGCUCCCCCGGGAACAACCCACUGGCAUGGCGCAGAUAAGGGUGGCACCAUGACCCAUUUUGUCGUCGCCUUAGGCAAGACGACCUGGCACGAUGCGGUGACGGAUGAGCAGUACGGGGAGAAGAAGGAUUAG